GGGGCCCGAUGCGUGCCGGUCGCCCCGCCUGGGGGCCCGGUGCCUGUCGCCCCGCCCUGGGGGCCCGGUGCCUGUCGCCCCGCCCGGGGGCCCGGUGCCUGUCCCCGCCGCGGGGGGGGGGGGGCCCGGUGCCUGUCGCCCCGCCCGGGGGCCCGGUGCCUGCCGCUCCGCCUGGUGGCCCACUGCCUGCUGCUUCGCCUGGUAAUCCGAUGUGCCUCUGCCCGGAGUCCUGCCCGAUGUGCCUCUGCCCGGAGUCCUGCCCGAUGUGCCUCUGCCCGGAGUCCUGCCCGAUGUGCCUCUGCCCGGAGUCCUGCCCGAUGUGCCUCUGCCCGGAGUGCCUCUGCCCGGAGUGCCCAGCCCGGAGUGCCGCUGCCCGGAGUCCUGCCCGGCCGCUCCUUGAGGGG